AUGAGGAGAGUUCAUCCGAGACAUCCUGUCUUGGUCCUUGACAACCUCCGAAGAAGAUUGCUGAAAAAUACACCGUAUGAAAAGCACCGUCUUCUUCUUAUUGCAUCCGAGCAUAUUCUGAAGAAACUCGAUUUUCGUUUCAAUGUAUCCCGGCACGUCCUAGAGGAGCUCGAUCUCCAGGGUGAACUAGCUUCUAUCGGGUUAUCCAUUCAAGAGAUCCAAGCCUCCUGGUUACCCGAUGUUCUACGGGUACGUGAUUUCUAUAUUGACAGCGCAAGGACUACAGAGAACGAAGAUCACUUCCAAAUCCCGCUUGAGUUCUUGAUUAUGCUGGAUGCAGCAGCAGGGGACGGGAACUCCCAAGUGGGACUUGAACUACUAGACAUUAGCAAUGACAUGUUUUGUCACUCCUGGUCUGACCUUACCGGAGAUGAACAAGCCAAAGACGAGGAACGCGCUAGCACAGAGUAUCUGCAUACAUGCCUUUGGAUUUUAGUGCAAGACUUUGACUCGGCACAUGAGCACAUCGAGAGAGCGAUACAGCGAUACCUUGUUCAAAGGGUAGAAUUUCGCUGUGAGGUAUACUACAAGGGACGAGAGUGGCUCCUUCGAGGGUGCAUGGCGGAAGCGUUGGAUGGCAAGGGCUGUCAUGACAUGGCUGAAAGAUACUAUCGCGAGGCCCUCAGCCUCAGGCCACCUUAUAACAAGUACAGUGAGUACGAAGUGGGCCUUGGAAGAUGUAUGCUUCUACAGGGAAAGAUAAAUGAGGCGAAAUGGCACCUUGCGAGCUUUCUUCUGGACCUGGAAAGGGCACCUAGUGGUCUAGGCAAUGCACACCUCGACGACGGUGACAGCCGCGCAACGGCAUUCGAUUUCCAUCGACGGGCGUUCCAGAGUCUGAGGCUCUCGUUGGGCGCAGAACACCCCAUGUUUGGAACGGCAAGCUACAAACUAGGUGUGCAUUAUUACACUCGCGCCAUCACUGGAUCUUCUGACGUCGAGGUCGAUCUGAAAACUGCGUUGUAUGUCUAUAUGAGUCCAGCUGCAGUUGUAACUGAAGAUAUGCUAACUCAAACACAAAUUUAA